AGGAAAGAAAGAGAAAAGCCGCGAAUUGAGGUCCUCCUAGUUGAAAUAACGCUCGACGUUUAAAGGGAAGGGCAGAGGGCAAAGACCUCUCCCUAUUUCUCCGCCUAACGGCAGCACCUUUUGGUGACUUCACGCAUCACUCUCACCGACCUCCUCUAUCUUACCGUUUUAUUAUUAUUAUUAUCUUUUCCUUUCCCCUUUAAAGGCGGUGAAUGAGCUGGUGGUGGCUCCGUGCCGCGUGGGGUUUUUCUUUUUUCCGUAGGCUUAUUCAUUGGAACGCGCUCUCUCUCUCUUUUAGUUGGUGCGUGUGUUUCCUCGCUCUCGUGUCGUGAGCACGGGACUCAUUCGUUUCACUUCGUCACCUCCCCCGAGAUUAUAUAGUUAACUACGCCUCUAUUGUAUGGUGUGCAUGAUAGCGCCAUGGGUCUCUUGUUUCUCUUAGCGAACUACGCCGUGUUCUACCACGUCGGCCAGCUGCUCAUGCGCCUGGUGGUGGUGCAGCCGGUAGGGGACGGCAGCGUCGUGCGUUGGUGCUUCGCGAGCACCUUCGCCCUCUCUCUUUCGCUCUUCGGUGCGGUCUUGGCGGACAUGGCGCACGCCUCCUUCUUUGCCGCCUCUUCCGCCGCCGUUAUGCCGCUGGGUAGCGUGCCGCCACUCCUGCAGCGCCUCCGCGGCGUCGUCGAGGUCGAGGCGGGAGAGUUCACCUUCGUGCUUCUCUGCCUCCUCGCCACGGUUCUGCUUGUCUGCCCCGGCGUGGUAGCGCUCUCCUUCGUGCGCGGUGUGUUCCGCCGCGGUGGCGGCGGCGGUGCGGGGGCACCCGCGGGGCGCUCGCGGCAGCGACGACCGACACGGCGCUCGUCGUCCAUGGCAAGUGAAAAAGAACGUGGCAGCAGCGGCUUUUCGUCCGAUGCGGGCCGGACGAGUCGGCUCCGCGGCUGGCGGUGCGGGUGCGGCGUACGCACUGCGCUCCUCUUCGUCGUGGUUCUUCUCCUGCUAUGGGGCGGCUACCGGGCGUCGCGUACCGGGCAGCUGGGGAUCCAACACGCAGGUCAGCGCGUGGUGGAUGUGGGGAGGGCGGUGUACCGGCAGCUACAGACCCGCACCGCGCUGAUACGGGUACCUCACGAAAUCGAACGCAGCAAACCUGCGGAGAGCGACGGAGCCGCAGCGGACGGCACCGCUGGGCACUUCAUUGAACCACCCAACCCACGCGAGGCCGCAGCAACGGCGGCAGCAGAGGAGGACUGGCUGUUUGGCUUUGCGACCCCCCAAGCUGCCGCGACGCCGCUGGACUUGUCAGGUGUGGUGUGCGUCGUCACGUCGCGGGUGGCGGUGGUCGGCGUGGCCUUGAUCGGCCUCCUGGCGGGUUACGCCGCCAUCACCUCUCCGUGCCUCUUCCUCGCCCCUUACACCAGCUAUCGCGGUCGCGAGGAGGAGCUGCGGAAGGCGCAGCGCAGCUUCACGAAGAAGCUGUGCUACGUUCUGAGCAGCUGCGGCAACGCGCAGCGGCAAAUCGCCGCCUUGCAGUACGGCGUGCUGCAUGAGGAGUGGGUCUCGCCAGCAUUUAUCGGCGCAGCGUCCGCGUCCUUGGACGUGCCGCCAGCAACGUCCAUUGCAGGGACACACCCGUACAACACCUAUGGCGCAUCCGACUCUUCGUUGGCGCUUCCUUCGCCGCCGACUCCGCAACAUCAUCAUCAGCAGGAGCAGCAUCAAUUUGUCGGUGCCCCUUCUUCGGCGGCACGGUACCCCCCUCCCCCAACACAACACAGGCCCAACCCCGGCAAACUUCUCGACGCUACUCCAACCGCCGCCGCUGCUGCUGCUGCCGCCACGACCUCUUCGACGGGCGCCGUGGGUUGGCUGCAACGUACGCUGACGAGCGCCGCCACUGCCGUCACGACCGGCAUCGCAGGACGUGCUCUGGACUCUCCCGCAGCUGGCGGCAGCUCGACCAUGUCGCCGGCCAUGUCUCGCCAACGCGCUGUCACACGAAUCAAGAAGCUACGCGAGGAGGCGAAGGGUGCGCGCUUUCUCGGUCUUGCGCUCUACCUGCAGCUGAAUGAGGUCGAUGCGAUGCUGCGGGAUGCCCAGCGCGGCGGGACGUGGGUGGGCCGGUGGUACGCGGGUCUCGGCGUCGCGAUGGCCUGCUACUCCGCCGUAAAGAUCGCCCUCACCGGGGCGAGUCUGUGGUGGUUCAAGGCGUCAACGCAGGACCCCGUCACGCGUGCCGUGACUCUGCUCGAGGACGCGUUCAUCCUGCGCCGCCGCGAUCAUCUGUCGAGCCCGUCGUUCUCCGUCACGGCGGUGGAGGUCAGCACACACGUCAUCUUAGCCCUCGCGCUGCUCGUCAAUGCGUGGAUGGUGAUCAGCUCCAUUCGCGGCGCGCUGCUCGCGCUGUUCCACGUGACGAUGUCCUUCAGCGGCUCCGCAAUCAGUCGGCCGGAGACGGUCGCGGUGGGGCUGUCGAUGUUGAUCGGAGUGUACUUUGUGGGACAGCUGGUGCUGCUGCGCUCCUCCCUCCCUGGCUCGAGCCCGUGGCAGACAAAGGAGAUAGGUGGGCCGACGGAGAGCACACGCGGAGGCGCGAACGUGCUGCUGCAGGUGCUGGGGACGUUGCCGUACUAUUAUUAUCAGCGCCUCAAUGAUUGGUGCUUCCUGGUGGGGUGCCUCGGCGCCGUGAUCGUGCGCCGCUUUGUGCUGCGUAACGCACUGUCACUGGUGGUGUACGCGGCAAGCGGAGGCGAGGAGCGAUAG